AUGGAUACAGACUGGAAUCAGAAUCGAGACCCAGAGCGGGCCAGCAGUGCAGAAUCAGGGUCCGGAUCAUCGAGGGCAAUUGCUAUCGACCUCGAGCAAGCCCGCAUCGCAACGGCCCAAGAACACAGCCUGAGCUUCACAGAGGGCCUGCGCACGUACCGAAAGGCCGUGAUGUGGUCGAUGCUCUUCUCAUUAGCAAUAAUAAUGGAAGGGUAUGACACGACCCUUCUACAGUCCUUUUUUGCGUUUCCCGAGUUCGUGCGCAAGUACGGGUCCCCCAUCUAUACCUCCACCUCCAACGCAUCCUCAAGUCCAGGGCCGGGAGAAGAGGUGGAAACCCACGAACUCUCCGCCGCCUGGCAAAGUGCCCUCACAAACGGUGCGUAUAUUGGUGAAAUACUCGGUCUGUUCAUCACGGGCCUUGUUAUCGAAAAGACGGGGUAUAGACGGCUCAUGUUCGCAUCGGCCCUCUCCCUUGGAGGGUUUAUUUUCAUCCUGGUCUUCGCACCCGAUCUCCCAACAUUGCUGGUCGGUGAAAUUCUUUGCGGCAUUCCCUGGGGUGUAUUUCAAACUGUGACAACAGCGUAUGCGGCAGAUGUAUGUCCCGUACUUUUGAGGGGGUACCUGACAACGUACGUCAAUCUGUGUUGGGUGCUUGGGCAGUUUGUGGCGACGGGGGUGUUGCGGGCUUGCCUGCAUAUAGGUCCAGUCCAGGAUGCGGGACAAGGUGACGAAUGGAGUUAUCGCAUCCCGUUCAUGAUACAAUGGGUAUGGCUGCCGUUUAUUUUGGUCAUUGUGUGGGUUGGGCCGGAGAGUCCGUGGUGGCUAGUGAGGAAGGGAAAGUUGAGUGAGGCUAAAAGCGUUCUCGAAAGGCUUUCUGCCUCCACCCUUUCUUCAUCCUCCACACCCGGCAAGGCUUUGGAACGAGGCCAAACAGAAACCACCCUUGCCCUGAUGCUAUACACCAUCCAGAUGGAAAACGAAUAUGUUUCUCAAUCUCAUGAGUCCUACCUUUCCUGCUUCCACUCUACGAACCGCCGCCGCACGGAAAUCACCUGUCUGACCUGGGCAAUCCAGGCCCUCUGUGGCUCCUCGUUCAUGGGCUAUUCGACUUACUUCUACCAGCAGGCAGGUCUAUCCGUAUCGCAGUCCUUCAAUAUGUCGCUAGGCCAGUACGCGUUUGGGAUCGUCGGAACACUCGUCUCGUGGUUGUUAAUGACUCGGUUUGGACGGCGCACCCUCUACGUCGUCGGUCUUCUCCUUCUGGUCAUCAUACUUUUCUCUGUGGGUUUUACCUCUUUGUCUGAUACGAAGACAGCGAGCUGGGCUAUUGGCUCUUUAUUACUACUGUUUACAUUUACGUACGAUUGCACUAUCGGGCCGGUAUGUUAUAGUAUUGUCUCCGAGAUCCCUUCGACGCAGCUCCGAGGAAAGACAAUCGUACUGGCAAGAAAUGUAUAUAACAUGUUCAUGAUCGUGAAUGGGAUUAUUGUCCCGAGGAUGUUGAACCCUACGGCCUGGGACUGGAGAGGACUCGCCGGGUUCUUCUGGGGUGGGAUUACACUGGUAUUGCUUUGUUGGUCUUAUUUCAGACUGCCUGAGAGUAAGGGAAGGACGUUUGCGGAGAUGGAUAUUCUGUUCGAAAGGAGAGUGAAUGCGAGACGGUUCAGAAAGGAGGAGGUUUGUUUCCAUACAAAUAACUAG